AUGUCUUCGCCUGAUGAUAUUAACGAUGAAGAAUCUACCUCAACUGAAAUAUCUGGUAGUAAUACUCAACAAGGAAUAGCUGGACGACCUUUUAAUCCUGUUUGGAAUUAUUUCAAUCAACUAGAAAAAAAGAAAAAUGGUCAUUACUCAGCUACCCCCAUGGAAGCGCAACUUUUGUAUUAUAAGCAAUUAACUGAAAAUGAUGAAAGUCAAAAUUCAAGUAAAAAACGAAAAGCAGACACCAAAAAUAAGGAAGAUAUCCUUAAAUAUGUUGAAAGUCAAGAAUUACCUUCAAAAAGACAAGAACAACUAGAAGAUGGCAUGUGUCGUGCAUUUGUUUGUGCGGGUAUCUCAUUUAAUGUUGCCAAAAAUGAAAUUUUUCGUGCAUGGCUACAGGAACUUAGACCAGGUUUUAACAUACCUAGUCCUAAAACACUUGCGGGAAGGAUUUUUAACAAACAACUUAUUAAGGUAGAAAUGAAAAUGGAAAAUGAACUACAAGAUAAAAAAAAUAUUACCCUUGGUCGCGGUUUUAAAAGGGGUCAAUAUAAAAAAAUCGCAAAAUAUGCAAGUACUUUGUGGAAAGCUUUUGGCAAAAGCAAAGAAUCUUGCCGACAACUUUUAGGACAACUUGCUUCUUAUAAAGACAAUGAACCACCUUAUAAUGAUCCAUUUGAACCUGAUUGCCAAACGCUGCUGACAUGGUGGAGAGCGAUUGAAGAUGUUUAUGAUUACCUUCCAUUUGAAAAAGUAGAAGCAUUGGCAAAGAUUCAUCGAUAUUAUACGACGCAUACCAAAGAAGAAAUUUCUUAUAUUAAUCGUGAGCUUACUUUAGAGGAUGUGUUAGUCGUGGCAAAUGAAGCUGGAGAUUUUGACCUAAAUCAUGAAGUUUUUAAAGAAAAGGGUCAAAGUAAUAAUACUGAAUCGAACUCUGAAAAUGUAGUUGAAGAACAGCCAAAUUAUAAUUAUGAUGUUGAUAGUUUGGUUGAUGAGGUUUUUACUUAA